AGGACUUUCAUCUAUAAGUAACGUUUGCUUUAGUACUCCAUUCCUUUGUAACCCUAAAAAAAUCAAACGAUGAGUUUCUCUCACACUAAGAAAAAACAAGGGAAAAAUACUCAUAUCCACGAAGACAUGGAUAACAUCUCCAAAAACUGGAAAACACUUAGCGGAGAAACCAAUUGGAAGGGUUUACUAGAUCCUCCUAAACAAGAUCUCCGUAAUUACAUCAUCCACUAUGGCGAAAUGGCUCAAGCCACUUACGAUGCUUUCAACUCUGUUAAACUAUCAAAGUACGCUGGAAGUUGUCGCUAUGCAAGAACCAAUCUGUUGUCAAAGUCAUUGUCGAGGGAAGCAUGGUGUAAGGAAUCGAAUUGGAUGGGGUUUGUGGCAGUUGCUACGGAUGAGGGGAAGGUGGUGUUAGGGAGGAGAGACAUUCUGAUUGCUUGGAGAGGAACUAUUCAGACCAUGGAGUGGGUUAAUGAUCUUGAUUUCACGUUGGUUUCGGCUCCAAUAAUAUUUGGAGAAAACAAUGAUGAUGAUAAUCCAAAAAUACAUCAAGGUUGGUACUCAGUCUAUACUACUGAUGAUCCAAGGUCACCUUACAAUAAAACUAAUGCUAGAGAUCAGUUGUUGCAUUGCCCGAUGAUCGACCGACCCACCUUCUGCCACCCACAUCGCAGCCACCGGUGCCGGAAUGAUGACUUCUACCGCCAACAUAAUAACCACAACUUAAACCAGUACCAGCCUCGCUCUACUCCGCCUGUCUCUACUCCUCCCGCAAGGAUAACCCUGUUUCUAUUCUAGCCUCGAGGAACCCACAAAAUCAAAGAAAAUCAAUAACGAUAUCCAAAAUUGAUUUCCAACCGGUUCAACUUUGGUUUGGAUCUUUUAUUUAUUUAUUUUUACUUUAGGUUUGGAUCCAUUUUGUUUUUUACCUUUAGAUCUGGGUUUGGGUUUGGGUUUGGGUGUAGCUUAAGUUUCUUGAAUCCAUCUUCCUUUUCAAUGGGAAUUCGAUUUGGAAUUACGAGGGUGAAAAUUUCUUAGAGUUCGAUUUGGAUUAUUAUUUUAUUAGUACGUACUUGAACACUCAAUUUGAUUUGAAAACUAGAUUUGUGUUUGAAAUUCAUUUUUUUUUUUAAAUUGAAAUAUCUGGACUACAUCAUCAUUAUUAAUAUGUGGUUCUCUAGUUUCUUGCAUUGUAAGAUUCAUAUUGCAUGUUUGCUGCUAAAACACAUGUUUUUAUAAAUAUGUGUUCUUGGUAGUAGAGGAUAAUGGCUGACAAAUGAUUUCCGAUGAGGAAAUGAGAUUCUCCGAGAAGCUAAGUGGCAACGUCUUAAUAGUGAUUUUAACAUGAUCCGAGACCAAAUCCGAGACAAGACAACACCAAAUGGAUCAUUGAAGUUAAAAAAAAAAAAACAAAGUUAGGAACCAAACAUACAAACUAAUCCAAACAUUUGUGUAAUUUACUGUGUUUAAUAUUUCAAUGGGAAAUUAUUUUGAAUAUUUGAUAAUUAAAGAUUUCUUUUUUAAUACGGUACAAAUAUCAUUAGGUACUUGCGGAGGUGAAGAGACUAGUGGAACAAUACAAGAACGAGGAUAUUAGCUUGACCAUAACCGGACAUAGUUUGGGUUCAGCAAUCGCAACACUAAAUGCGAUUGACAUAGUUUUGAAUGGAUUCAACAAGCCGAAAGAUAUGCCAAACAAGGCAUGCCCAGUGACCACCUUUGUGUUUGCUAGCCCUCGUGUGGGAGAUUCGAAUUUCAAGAAAGUUUUCAGUUCACAAAAAGAUCUCCAUGCCCUACGCAUUCGCAAUGCAUCAGACGUGGUUCCAAACUACCCUUUGAUAGGGUAUUCAGACGUUGGGGUUGAAAUGGAAAUUGAUACAACAAAGUCUGAGUACUUGAAGAGUCCAGGGAAUUUGUCAAGUUGGCAUAGCAUGGAGGCUUAUAUGCAUGGAGUUGCAGGGACACAAGGUAGUAAAGGAGGUUUUAAGCUAGAAGUUAAACGUGAUAUCUCACUUGUAAACAAGCAUUUGGAUGCACUGAAGGAAGAAUACGGCGUGCUUGUCUCUUGGUGGUGUGAGAAGAACAAUUGUAUGGUUCAACAGGAGGAUGGUUCAUGGGAG